GGGUUUUAGCUUAAACCCUUUGCUUCAAUUCCUCUAAAUAUACAAAAAAAAAAAUAAAUCAAUUUUCUUGAAAAGAAUUUAACUUUUUGUGUUUUAGCAUAAACCCUUUGCUCGAAUUCCUCCAAUUUUGAAGAAUGGGAAAGAAAUCAGGGAAGUUUAAGAAGGAAAACAGCUCUUCAAAGAAAUUAAAAAUUGAUUUUUUUAAUAAAGAUGAUGAUAUGAUGAAUGAUGCUAUUGAUGCCUUUCAUGAAAAGAGAGAUAUCAUUCCGCUGGAUGUUACUGAAGAUUCUGCAGAGUCCGAUGAGGAUAAUGAGCAUCCCGUGUAUGAUCUUAAGGAGGAUGAAGAUGAAGAGGAUGAAGAUGAUGACUUUGAUGAUGCUAUGCUUACCGGCCUUGGUGCUAAAAUUGCAAGGACACAGAAAUAUUUAAAGGCUACUAUGGGAGGGGUUGAGGAUCAAAUGCAUGAUGAAGCUGAACAGGAGAAAGAAGAGGGGCCUCUGUGGGGAAGAGGAAAGAAUAUCUAUUACCAAAAUAAGGAGAAUGUUGAAGAGUCGAGUGAUGAGGACCUUAUUGCCGAGGAGGAGGCAGAGGUGUUGAGAAUGCAGCAGAAAAAAGCUAAAUCCUUAUCUGCAGAGGAUUUUGGUAUUGAAGAUGAUGAUGAACUCACAUUUGAGGAAAUUUUGGCCCAAGGGAAACCUGGAUCAGCAGUUUCUAUAAAUGGAGAAGCCAAAAAUGAAACUGGCAUUGCGUAUGAGGAAGUGCAGAAGGAUUUGAAUGCUUUGACAAAAGAAGAGCAAAUGGAUGUUGUCUAUAGAUGUCUGAUCUGCAUGGAGAUGGCGAAUUUGAGGAUAUUGAACACCAUACUAAGCAAAUUUCUGGUGAUGAUGAUUUUACCAAAACGAGAUGACAUUGGAGAAAGGAGAAGAAAGCAUGAACUGAGAGUUCUAGCCGGAGCUGGAGUUGAACCUUCUGAUGUUUUCAAAGAUGAGACUGGUGACCAUGCGAACGAUGAUGUUGCUACAUCUGAUGACAGUGUAAUCGAUCCAGAUUUGGAAUUCUAUAGAGAAGUCGAAAAAAAUCAUUCAGCUAAGCUUGCUGCUAAAGAAAAGAUGUAUUCCAGUUCCCCAGCUGCGCUGUUAACGCCAGAAACGCUUGUAGAUGGGAAGCGCCAGAUAAAUUACCAGAUGGAGAAAAGCAGAGGCCUUACACGUAAUCGUAAGAAGCAAGAUAAAAAUCCAAGGAAGAAAUACAGGGGUAAACAUGAGAAGGCUCAGCAACGUAGGGCGGGACAAGUUCAGAAAAUGAAGAAACCAAGUGGUCCUUAUGGUGGAGAAACUACAGGAAUUAAUGCUGGCAUUAGUCGAAGUAUCCGAUUUAAGUGAUAGGUUCUUAGUUCCUCCCGAGGGCUUUGGUCUACUGGUAAGAGCUCGUCACGUGAUGUGUGGGUUAGGCACACGUGCUGAGUUUGUAUACUUCCACAGGCAAAACCUUAGUAUUUAAGUGGAGAAAGGUAGAGCGAUAUAUCCAUUAUCCAUCGCGUUCCAAACCUUGUGUCACACUGGCCCUCGAGUUUCGAACCUUGAGUUUUUUUUAUUCCUUCCAAUUUUGUCCCCCUUGGAAGAUGGGACCGGAAAGGCAUGUAUAAGAUGAAUGUGAAUUGAUUUUGUUUCUCUAUAUACAAGCAGUUUUACACAUGAACAAGGUCAUAGUAGUUCCUUGUGGAAUUAGUCGAGGCGUGUCUAAGUUGGUCCGAGUAUCACGGUUACUGAUAAAAAUGAGCAAGAGAUCGAUUUUGCAUAUGAAAGUAUUUCGGAUUUGUUGCA